AAUGGCCCCUUACAUUUCGCGAACCCGACCCGUGCCUUGUUUCGGGUCCAAAAGGAAGGCGACAAAGAUGCUCAUCAGUUCGCCCAAGGGCAUCCAAGAGCAAAACCAGGACCGCUGGUGACGUACGUCUGGAAGCCUCGAAAUAACCGCAAAGGCCGGCAUGAACUUUCUAUUCAACGUACGCACCCUAGUCAAACUCUUGACAUGAUACCCGUAACCGGAUCGAUUCGCUCUACUUUGCGAGGGAUAUCACGGAUGUUCACCAAGGCACCGGUCUUUGAUAUUUCAUAUCUCGUAGCGGUCAUAUUCACCCUUGGGAGUGUAAUAUGGUGCAUUAAUGGGUUCUUCAACUUUCUCCCGCUCAUCCGACCGAAGAGCGAGUUCAAGGGAGAGGAGCUUGUAGGAGGUGGUGUGACAGCAUUCAUUGGAGCAACGAUAUUCGAAAUUGGCAGUAUCUUGCUGAUUCUAGAAGCCCUCAAUGAGAACCGGGACGGGUGUUUUGGGUGGGCAGUCCACGAGGCAUUGGACGAAGCAGCCAGGCCAGUGGAGCCGGCAAUUGAGCACUGUAUCCAUCAUCACCAAAAGACUUGGAAUAUCUUUAGAAAGAAAGCCGGGCGGUCAAGGAGCGUAGAAGAAGGGCGGAAAGAAACCGGAAAGCCAGCGGAUAAUCUGGUGUGGAUAUGGUCGCCGUCGUGGUAUGACCUGAAGAAGCACUUCUUCCACGAGAUCGGUUUCGUGGCCUGCUUCUCUCAAUUGAUCGGCGCGACGGUCUUUUGGAUCUCGGGAUUUACUGCCUUGCCCGGGAUUCUCAACAAAAUGUCCCCUGGCCUAGAAGACGGAAUUUAUUGGACUCCUCAAGUCGUCGGUGGCACGGGAUUCAUCAUCUCUGGCACCUUGUUCAUGCUUGAGACACAGAAGAAGUGGUGGAAGCCAGCCUUCGGUGUGCUUGGCUGGCAUAUUGGAUUUUGGAAUCUUAUCGGAGGGAUCGGGUUCACCAUCUGUCCUGCCUUCGGGUACGAUACCGAUAGCUGGGCCCAGUACCAAGCAAGCUGCUCAACGUUCUGGGGCAGCUGGGCUUUCUUGAUCGGAAGUGUGAUCCAGUGGUACGAGAGUCUGGAGAAGUAUCCGGUCCGAGUAGAGGCG